GAACAGUCGCGCAUCCUGCCGUGUUGCCUCGCCGUGGAUACCGACGCGUCAACGCCAUGACCAGCGUCCUCGCCGCGGCCCUCGUGUUGCGCGCUGCCUCGUGCACCGCCGCGCCGGGCAGGAUGCGGAGCAGCGCGGCCGUCCGCGGCGCAGAGCAGUCCGACCGCGUGGUGUCCACCAGGGAUGUCGAGUCUAGCAUCUCCGACGCCUCCGAGGAGGCCUUCGGUGACGGCGCCGCCGCUGACUGCCACUUCGAGCGUCUCGAGCCCAGCAUGUGGCAGACCUACGUACCAGGAGCUGCCCAAGAACUCGGAGGGGCGGCCUGGGCCGCAGGCAGUGCGCCCCACCAGACGCAGUUAUUCUGCCAAGGAGCACGGCUGUCUCAUCAGCCCCUCGAGCACCACGGAAUGCAGCAGAACGUGUCAGAAGUGCAUGAGGUCGACGUCCUGCAGGAUAAGACCCCAGCGUUCGUGGAGGAACUCUUCGAGUCCUCGAAACAUUGCGCGCGCGCGCUGAACGAUCGCGCCGCGGUGGACAAGAUCGACGCCCAUGCUCUGCACCACGUCUCGUCCUCGCACCCCUACAUCGCCGAGCUGGGCGCCCGCGGCAACGGCGCGAUGGCGCAGGCGCAGCAGCGCCUGGCCAUCAAGGACGCCGUGACCAGCGCCAGCGGCCAGCGGCCGGGAUCGCAGCAUGACUGCGGCAUGCGGCAGAACAUGGAGUUCCGCCAGAAGGAGAAGCUCGCGAGCCUGGACCCCAACGGGUCGGGCCACGUGCUGUCUGAGGCUUUCUACUUCCAGUCGCCGACGGCCGACGACCAGCUCGCCGAGUCCGUCAAGUGCCUGCGCGCAGUGGGCGCGCUCGACGAGUCCACCGACGGCAUCCACAUAGCGAACUACAUGCCAG